CUAGGAUGGAUGGAUAGAGUAGGCUGGUAGAUACAGGCAUAGUUGUAGGCUACCACCAUGGAGGAGCAGCGUCACGUGUACAUUCCACUCACAUGUAGAAGUUGCCGCUGCAUGUGUGGGAGCGCGCGCUGUCAUGGAACGAAAGUGUGGGAUGAGCUAAUAUUUUUUGCUGAUAAUGUUUUAGCCCCUGAGCAUUUUGGGGAGAAGGAGACAAUACCAAGCGGAUUGAACAAUAUUGGAGAAUGACCUAUUUUCAACGGCCAAUAAAUCAACCUUGUUGUCAAGAAUCCACGGUGGACCUACUGACGGGUGCAUAUGGGGACAUAUAAAAGGGCUGUCGGCGGCUUUUGAAGAUGCCAACUGGCAUCGGCUUGAGAAAUAGUGGUAUAUUUAGAAUAAACGUAUAGCCUAGGCUGUAGGCUCACUUGCCUGCCUAUAUAAGAAUGGGAAGAUUGUGUAAUUUAAUUUGAUUACACUAUAGCAGCAUUCUCUCGCCACAGGACACAAUUCCCACGUGCGGUUUUCAUAAUCCAACAUCUGAGUAGUGUUUUCCCUACGGCUCCCAGGGAGCGGGGACUGAGCUCACACAUUCACACAUGCGAGCUGUUCGCUCCGCUGCCUCCGUCAGAGCUCCGCGCCUCGGCUAUUUGAAAUGAGGACGGCAACCCGACCCUUUGCUGUUUGAAACUGUAGGCCUACUCGGGUGAUUUCUGCGGUCCGAACCAUCUGUGGCACGGCGCUGAGUGGGACGCUAUCUGCAGUGAUAGGGAGGAGGACGAGCCUGCUGUCCGCUAUACCCCAGCCUGUUCCCCGCGUACGGUACAGGCAUGGAGCCUCUACCGGAGCAGAACUGCACCAUGUCAAAAAAGAGAGCUAUAGCUAAAAUCUUCAAAGUUCGCAAGAGGAGACAGAUGCUUUUCGUUCAAGUCUGUUUUAUCUGCAGUAUUCUAUGUUUGGCAUGGUGCAUGUCCGCCCUGCUCACAAAAACAGGACAUGGUCUGGUCCUGGAGCAGGGGCCGGCUGACACAUCUGACCGUCUGGGACGCAGGCUGAUGGCCUUGGACGGGGAUAAUAACACACUGGAUAAGAAUUGCACUGAGCCAGCCAUCAAUGAGUUCCCUGAGGAUAUCUUCACCACCUACCAACGCACAAGAGGAGCUGUGCUGCUGCACAUAUUUGCGGCCCUGUACAUGUUUCUGGCCUUGGCAAUCGUCUGCGAUGACUACUUUGUGAUGUCGUUGGAGAAGAUCUGUGAGAAACUGGACCUGAGUGAAGAUGUGGCAGGAGCUACGUUCAUGGCUGCUGGCAGCUCAGCACCAGAGCUGUUCGCCUCGAUUAUAGGUGUGUUUAUCACUCAUGGAGAUGUGGGUGUUGGAACCAUAGUGGGCUCAGCAGUAUUCAACAUUCUAUGCAUCAUCGGUGUGUGUGGAAUCUUCGCUGGGCAGGUGGUGUACCUGACUAAGUUUGCAGUGUUCCGUGACUCGUUCUACUACACUCUGUCUGUGUUGGCAUUGAUUGCAUUCAUCUAUGAUGAGAAGAUAGUGUGGUGGGAGAGCUUAGUGCUGGUAGUGAUGUACUUUGGGUACAUUCUGAUCAUGAAAUUUAACACCAGCAUCCAGAACUAUUUCUCAGGGAAGGAAGACAAGAGCUUGGCCAACGGUAACACGGUGAUCAGCAGCGAACUGGAGGAUGUGAAGCCCACUAAGAGGUACAGUCGUAGCUCUGUGGUGAUGGUAGAUGAGAUUAUCAACUCCAGCCCUCCUAACUACCGUUUCCCCGAUGCCGGCCUGCGCAUCAUGAUCACCAACCACUUUGGCCCAAAGACACGCCUCCGCAUGGCUAGUCGCCUCAUCAUCAAUGAGCAACAGAGGUUGGUGCAGGCAUCUAACGGUGUGGACAACGUGACCAUGGUGAUCACGGAUGGUAAACCUGAGACCUUGGAGAACGGCACUGUACCAGAGGAAAAGACUGUUGAGGAAGAGGAGGGAGAAUCCCUGAAUUCACCCUUCACCGUCCCUGGGGGCUGCAGGGAGACAGUGAAGUGGCUGAUCUCCUGGCCCAUCCUGCUGCUACUCUACUUCACUGUGCCAAACUGUGCCAAUCCUCGCUGGGAACGCUUCUUCAUGCUCUCCUUCUUCCUCUCCACCGUGUGGAUCGCCGUCUUCUCCUACUUCAUGGUCUGGAUGGUCACCAUAAUUGGCUACACUCUGGGCAUCCCUGAUGUGAUUAUGGGAAUCACCUUCCUGGCAGCAGGCACCAGUGUCCCCGACUGUAUUGCUAGCCUGAUCGUUGCUCGACAAGGUCUUGGGGAUAUGGCGGUUUCCAACACCAUUGGUAGUAAUGUCUUUGAUAUCUUGGUGGGACUGGGGCUCCCCUGGGCGAUACAGACCAUGGCUGUGGACUAUGGUUCUGAGGUGAUGAUCAAUAGCAGAGGGCUGGUCUACUCUGUGGUGCUUCUUCUGGGCUCUGUGUUUCUGACAGUUCUGGGGAUCCAUGUGAAUCAUUGGAAGUUGGACCUGAAGCUGGGUGUGUACGUGCUGGUGAUUGUUGCACUUCCUUUGUGUGGUUCAAUAAGGAGAGAGAGGGGGAGGCAGCAUGUGCCAAAUCCUAUCUCUCUUUCGCUGGCAGGAAGAGGGGAGUCCAGGGGAGAACCUGUCAUUCUUCUGUUUCUGGAUACUCCAACUGCAAGGAACUGCUGACCAAGACAUUGAUACGCCGUUUCCUGUGUUUGAGUGUGAGUGAAAGUAGGUGAGACAUUGCAAGGAAGGGAGGAGAGUCUCCUCUAUUAGUAUUCAACACCACUGUGGAGAGGAGAACACAUCUUGGAAGACUAUGCCCCAUUGGUGCUUGGUGAAUGCUGAUUUAACACAAAGCUCAAGUGUACCGAGAGAACAGGACUUGGGCCCAGCCGCUUUGGCUGAGGAAAAGCAUGGAUUUAUUUUGGCGUGUUGAUUGUUGUUCAUGUUGAUUUGUUUUGAUUGCUUAAUUGUGUGUUUGAUAUCUUCAGCUCCUUCAGCUUGUGUUCUGUCUGAGGCCCGAUCCAUCAGAUACAAUACAGACCCAUUCAGUUUCCUCACCUCCCUGUGCUCCAGCCUGUCCGUCUCGGCGAGCUGAAGAGCUGCUGCUGCUGAUGGGGAUCUGUGCUUCACAAUGGUACACUUAUUUGUGUUGUGUGUUUGUUUAUAUGUAAAUACGACCUGUCAUGCACAAGCUGAGGUUCUCUCGGUGUGAACCCAGUGCUACCUUAAUUCUGCCAGUCGGGCAAGUAGGGGCAAGUGGGAUGCAGUUCCUGUGUAGAUAUUUUAAACUGCUUCUGUCUUUCCCCUACCCUGCUCCAAAUCCUUCUCUUCCUCCUCCUCACUUCUUUUUCUCCUCCUGGCUCUCUCUCAUUGUGAUUUUGUCUUCUCUAAAUGCACAAUGGGACAUUUAUUUACUUCUCCUGCGGAGCAGAAGCUUAGUGUGAUGGGAUCACUACCCUGUCCGUCCGUCAACCUCCAAAUAUUGGCAGCUACGAGUUGAGUUGCCCUCCGCCCAUCUGACUGACCUUGUUAAGGGUCGUGUUCAUCAGGGCACACAAUGGAAAACACCUUAAACCGAAAAAGUGUUUCAGUCCGUUUUCUUCCAUUUGGUACCUAAUGAACACAACCCAGUUCAGGGCUCACUAUGGGAGCAGAGGGUGGCAUCUGUGUCAGUGUCAGUCAUGACUGGGUGUUUCAGUGUUGAAAGGUUCUGUCACUGUUGUCUGUGUUAAAAGGCAGACAUUGGAUGGAGUGUGUGGUAUAUACACUCAGUGGCUAGUUUAUUAGGUACACCAAUGGUUAGCUCCUACGCACAGUGAGUCACUUGGCCAUGGCUUGUUAUAUAAAACAGGCAGAUAGGCAUCGGGGCAUUCAGUUACUAUUCGAUUGAACAUUAAAAUGGUCAUAACUAGUGACCUAAGCGACUUUGAGCAUGGUUCGAUUGUCGGUGUCAAGUGCGCCGGUUCUGGUAUCUCAGAAACGACCAGCCUCCUGGGCUUUUCACGCACGACAGUCUAGUGUUUACCGAGAAUGGUGUGACAAACAAAAACCAUCCAGUCAGCAUCAGUCCUGUGGGCAGCUCGUUGAUGAGAAGUUGAAGGAGAAUGGCAAGAAUCGUGCAAGCUAACAGGUGGGCCACAAACAGGCAAAGAACGGCAUCUCGAAUCACACAACUCUUUGGUCCUUGUCACGGAUGGGCUAUUGUUGAGACGACCUCACUGGGUUCUACUCUUAUCAGCUAAAAACAAGAAGUGGCUCCAGUGGGCACGCGAUCACCAACACUGGACAACUGAGGAGUGGAAAAACAUCACCUGGUCUGACAAAUCCCAGUUCCUGUUGCAUCAUUCUGCUGGCAGAGUCAGGAUUGGAUAUAAGCAGCAUGAGUCCAUGGACUCAUCCUGCCUGGUGUCAGCGGUACAGGCUGGUGGAGGUGGUGUAAUGGUGUGGGGAAUGUUUUCCUGGCACACGUUAGGUCCCUUGAUACCAAUUGAGCAAUGUUUCCAUCCCCUGAAGAAUUGAGGCUGUUCUGGAGGCAAAGGUUGUCCGACCCAGUACUAGACGGGUAUAACUAAUAAACUAGCCACUGAGUGUAUUAUAUAAACACAUGUAUGCAAUCUCAAUUAAAAGAGGACCAGUUAAGGGUGGUACAGUAUAUUAUGCAUUUGAGAAUUUUUUUUAUUUAUUGAAGCUGCUGAAAGCAUUUAUACUAUACAAGUACAUGAACUUAUGCAUGCACAAAACACACACACACACUUGUCAAAUGUUUACUCCCCAUGCCCAAAGUACACAUACACAAACUUUUCAAAUGUUUACUCCCAUGCUCACACACACAUGCUCACACAGGCAAUCUCAUAAACACACACACACACACAAAAUACAUUUUCUUGUCUCAGUGGUAGUAGCUGGUGCAUUGUUAAAUGUUAAGUGAUGAUCUGAUCUGACAGGAGGGUAAUGUCAGUGUUGAACGAAAGCCAGAUGAAUGUUGCUACGGUCUGUUUAUUAUGGUCUGAGUUAUGAUGUCACCUACACCUUAGGUGCAUGGUAAAUAAACAAACAAACAAAGGGCAGGCUCUAGUACUGGUCUGGGUCAUGUUCAUUACAGCACGCAAUGGAAAACAUUUUGCAAUAGAAACUAAAAUAAUAAUUUCUUAUUGGACAAGAACAGAUAGUCCCCUCCAUGUUUCAGUCCAUUUCUUAAAUGUGGUGCCUAAUGAACACAACCCUGGUGUGUUAAAGGCAGGUGGUAUAAGACAAUGGUGCCCUGCCUGUGCCCUGGAUAUUUGUCCAUCCUCUUACAGUGUCAUUGAUGUAUUGUGUUUUAUUCUGUACUGUAUAUUCUUAUUGUAACUGGGAUAGAAGCCUCUACUCCUGUAUUUUUCGUGUGCAACUCUUAACUCCAAGAAACAAAAAAAAACAUUUUGAAAAUUGGUCUUGGAAAAGUGGCCAUAUGUUUUCAAAUCUCACUUGAUUUAUUCCAUCCCUAAAACAUUCUACUCAUGUCAUGAAAAUAAUAUCAUUUUGUGCCAUGGGUUUUAGUUGUUGUUAUCACAUAUGAACUAAGGGAUAAUGUGCAUUUUUUGUAAUCGUAACAAUACAUUUUGAAAUGAAUGGAUGAGCAGAUCUAAGUUUAAAUAAUUUGUCACCAGGUGGGGCUGAGGGUCUCCUGUAGGGUCAUAUCCAUGUUGUCAGUAAACAAACAAUGCACUGAUGUUUAUCAUAGCUCUAUAAGGAGUAUAAUAUCUCACUAAAUACCCACUUCUGUUGGUGAAUACCUUUGUCAAAGAGAAACUUUGAGAGGAAGUCACCAUUAAACUUGACUGCACUGUAUGGCAUGCAUGAACACAACACACACACACACACCUACUUUGGCUCUGUUGUUAUACACACAAUUGUGAGAGACUCUUAAGUGAAUGUUCCCUGGUUCACUGUGAGUGAAGGGUCGUAAGGUAAUUCAUCAAAAUUGAUAAAAGGUAGGCUAAAGAGUUAUUACAAAAACAACUUAAAUUUAAGACAUUGGUGUUUAACUUGAAUGUAUUUGUCUUGCUAUAAAUGGAUGUAUCCAACCAAUGCAUUUUACUGUAAAGCAAUAAUCAAAGGAUUUCAAAAUAUUUAUGUAUAUUGUUAAAUGAAUCAUCAUUAUCUACGAGAUGGAUGAGCUGGAUGACACAUUAAAUAAUAGUGUUGAUGCCUACUGUUCUCUUUAAAAUUGCUUUCUUUGAUCCUACAAUGUGUACUUAUAGUGAACAAAAAUAUAAAUACAACAUGUAAAGUGUUGGUCCCAUGUUUCAUUUGCUGAAAUAAAAGAUCCC